AUGUCUUAUACAAUUGAGCAUGAGUAUGAUGGAGAUGACGAUAGAGGGCCCAGUCCUAAACGUGGAAGGUCUAACGUUACGAACAUUUCUCUAUCUAGAGUGAGUCGGCCUAAAUCUUUCUCUCCAGCCUCAUUCGACGAUUGGAUAGAACAUCCUAACAUACCGGGCACGCCUGAAUCGAAGGAGUGCAUAUAUGAAACCAUUAAAAUAAGCCGUCCGUCUACACCUGAUACAAAGGAUGAUCAGCUGGACGGAUACAAUUUCUCAAAGGAUCAACAAGAUGGGGCUAGACAAGAAGAGUUAGCAAAGUUGCAAGAUGACGAAAUUGUGGAGAUCCUUUGCAAUGGACGUCCGCCAAUUGUAGACUAG